AUGUAGUUUAUCUUAUGUUCAAUUCUUAGUAACACAUCGUUAAAAAGGUGUGACAAAUCCAAUAAAGGAUCUAACGGACCGUAACCCAAAUAAUAUAUGGAGGCCGCAUUGCCUAAUGUUGAACGUUUACGGCUACGCGUAGCAACGCCGUAAACGUGCGGAAUGCCUGUUUUGUUCAAAAAGGUCGGUAUUCGGUGCACGGCUGCGCGGGCGGUGACUCUUCAGGGCAGUCCACCCGGUGCCGUGCUCGAUUCUUCGUUACUAGAAUACUAAUGCGUUUCAUCGUAAGGCCAACUUGCUUCUGGACAACGAAAGUUCGUCUUUGUUUUGUUGACUUUCGCAUUCAUUAAUUUGGAACGCUCCUUCGCUGCUACUAACUGAACAGGGAAAGAAGAUUGAAUAAAAGUUCAUUGACUUUAAGUUGCAAAGGGCACGGCUAGUUCUUUUUUCUUUUUUAUUGCUUAUAUGGGGGGACGAGCUCACAGCCCACCUGGUGUUAGGUUACUGGAGCCCAUAUACAUCUACAACGUAAAUGCGCCAACCACCUUGAGAUAUAAGUUCUAAGGUCUCCAGUAUAGUUACAACGGCUCCCCACCCUUCAAACCGAAGCGCAUUACUGUUUCACGGCAGAAAUAGGGGGGUGGUGGUACCUACCCGUGCGGACUCACAAGAGGUCCUACCACCAGUAAAAAGUCUUUCCAAAGACCUAUGAACGUUCAAAUAUCAUAGUGUACGUUCUGAAUUGCUGUGUCGAUGUUCAUGUUUGGUAGUCGGCCCGGCCGCUGGUCUCGCAGCAGUGCACUACCGAAGCAGCGGGUGCGGCACGCUUGGCUGGCGCCGCUCGCCGCCCGCGCACCGCAGCCGCCCCCGCGGACCCUUGCGAAAAUAUCAUAAUGCAAUCGGCAGGACGGGCUUGGUGGAACACUCGACAACCGCACGCAACCAGUUUACAUUCAAAUGCGUUAAAACUCGCACGCCAUCAAUCAUGAUGGAUUAGUCGUGUCGGGAAAUGGAUUUCUCUUGGAAGAAUCCGCUGUCGCUGAAUGCAAUCAAGAGUGCACCGAUGCGUCUCACUUUCGUUUCUUUAAAGUUACCAUUGAAUUUAGAUAUUCAGUGCGGUUAACUUUUUUCUGACUCUGAGAGUGCUAUUUGUGUGACAAUUCACUUUGUCCUCGGUCGUAAAAUUGGUAAAUUAAAGUUGUCACAUUCGGUUUGUUGCAAAGGUGUUUUAAACUUAAUCAUUUGUUUACAUUUUUACUGAUUGCUACUAUGCUGCUAUUAAUCAUUAUUAACUUGAGUACUUUUCGAAGGUCUGUAUUCGCUUAAUAUACUUGAACCUUUUUUGUCUUCAAACAAUUGUCCAUCAAAUACAAAUUAAUUCUUUACGCGUCUCGGUUGCGUCCGGUGACGGUUGCUUUCGAAGUAGUCAUGGUUUUAAGUUGUCUUUCAAUCGCGAACACAGUGGGUCGAAUCACUUGUUACCGACUGGUAGUCCAAUGAAAUAUGCGCGUUAUCAUUUUUGUUACUUUAGUGAAAUCCAAUGAUUGGCUAAUUGAGGUUUAUCACAGUUUUAUAGAUAAAAAAACCAGUCGAAUUUCAUGGAAUAUCUGUUAAUGUCAGUGCGUAAUCAUUGUGGCUAUCAUGAAGCGGAUUUUUGGUGUUUCGUUCAGUGAGUGACGAAAAAGUUGUUCAAUAUGUGGGGAGCGGCCGUGUCUAAUCCACCGCAUUACCAUUACAUACAAGGACCGGGAAUUGUUCCAACGCAUGGAGGUCCAGCGGGCCCUAUUUUGUCCGGACCGAGCCCUCGUCAUCUGAAGCCGCAGUCUUCAUAUUCUUUGCCCCACGGCAGCAACGGUCCCGCACGCUGGAGUUGGUCAGGCACUCAAGUGUCUUCUUUUGAUCGGAGGCAGUUGAAGGUUCCUCCGCAGCCUGCUCGUCCAGCUCCGGCGCGACCUUCACAUAAUAGACAUGCAGGAAACAGUAAGGUCGACCCGGAGCUGAUCUUCACGAAACAAGAGAAGAUCGGCAAAGGUUCCUUCGGCGAGGUGUUUAAAGGCGUGGACAAUAGAACCCAACAGGUUGUAGCCAUUAAAAUAAUAGACUUGGAAGAAGCCGAAGAUGAAAUCGAAGAUAUUCAACAAGAAAUCAUGGUGCUGUCACAGUGUGACAGUCCAUACGUCACUAAAUAUUAUGGAUCAUACUUGAAGGGAACAAAACUAUGGAUAAUAAUGGAGUAUUUAGGCGGAGGCUCCGCCCUCGACCUCAUGAAAGCGGGUAGUUUCGAAGAAAUGCACAUAGCUGUGAUACUAAGGGAGGUACUCAGGGGACUGGAUUACCUGCACUCAGAAAGAAAACUCCACAGGGAUAUUAAAGCCGCCAACGUUCUGCUUAGCGAGAUGGGAGACGUUAAAUUGGCUGAUUUCGGUGUGGCGGGUCAAUUAACGAAUACGACAAGCAAACGCAACACAUUUGUCGGGACGCCUUUCUGGAUGGCCCCCGAGGUCAUCAAGCAAUCGUGUUACGACAGCAAGGCGGACAUCUGGUCGCUGGGCAUCACGGCCAUCGAACUAGCGAAGGGAGAGCCGCCCAACUCGGAACUACAUCCAAUGAGGGUCCUAUUCUUAAUACCGAAGAACAAUCCGCCUCAGUUAACGGGCAGUUAUUCGAAGCCAUUCAAAGAGUUUGUCGAGGCGUGCUUGAAUAAGGAUCCGGAAAAUAGACCGACCGCGAAAGAGUUAUUGAAGUUCCAGUUCAUUAGAAAGGCCAAGAAGAAUUCUUAUUUAAUGGAUCUUAUAGAUAGGUAUAAGAAGUGGAAGGCACAACGGAGCGAAGAGAGCGAAACCGAAUCGGAGAAUUCAGAUUCAGAGGAGAGCAGCCGCUCGCUAGAGGCGGACGAGCCGUGGAUCAUGACGGUGCGGGGAGGCGCCUUGCAACCCCCCGCAGACCUCGACAACAAGCGGCGCGCGCAUCUCGACGACACAGCAAUCGUCGGAGUGAGCGGCGGCGCCAGCAAGCAGAACGGGGCCGAGCCAGUUGUCCACGAGCCGCACCUGCCACUCAACAACAACACUAACGAGAAACACACGGCGAGACAAACGUCAAAUGCCCAAGUGAAUUCGGAACAGAGAGGGACGAGGGAGCGCGACCGAGAGCGGACCGACCGGGAGCGAACGGACAGACAGGAGCAUCAGAACUCGAACAGGGACAGCGUUGUCUACAACAAUACUUCUUCACCUCUCGACCACAGAGGAGCAAACGAGGAGAACAAAGUGAGGAGACAUCCCUAUCUGCAGCAACUCAUUUAUCCGCUGCUGAACGAGGUGUCCCGCGGGAAGGGGGCGGGCGCGGCCAGCGCGGUGGACGAGCUGCGGCGCGCCUUCGAGCUCGCGGAGAGGCACGCGCCGCACCUCACGCGCGCCUUCGUGCAGCAGAUCGUGCAGCGGGUGGCGACGCACAGCCACGCGCCCAGCGCGCCCUCGCACAACUCCUCGCAGCACUGGAUGAGGGAUCUAUAAUGGCGCUUGUAGCGGUCGCACUUCACACGCGCCGGUCACACGUAUAUAUGCCUUAUUGUUCACGGAAUAACGUUCACUAUUCAAAAAAAAAUUUUUAACGCUAUUCGAGUUAACUCUUCAAUAUAAAGUAGCGUCGAAAGGAAAAUAUUAAUAUUUUUUGUAAGUAAAUGUAAAUUUUAUUAAAUUUUAAUUUGAUUUUUUUUUUUUUAUUAUAUUUGUAACUAUACAAUAGUUUGAAUACGUUCAGUCAUAUAUUUCGAUGUUGUAUGAUUUCACGAUUUGUUUUUUUUUUUAUUAAUUUCGUUUAGGGGUUGAACGUGCGCAGCCGCAACCCAGUCACAAAGUUGCAAUGCCAUAGUUUAACUAAAAAAGAAAAAAAAAAAAACUAAAAUAUAUAUUUUUUCAUUAACGAUUACUUAAUGCGGUUACUAAACUAUAGAUUCGUUUAUUAUUUAUGUAAAUAUUGUAUUGGUUGUUCAUUGCCGAGUUGUAAGAGCACUUUAGUUGUUUGCAUUGUAACAGUGCUCCCUUAGUGUUGAAUGUCGAAAUUAAAUAGUUAGUUACUUAGCGUUCGCACCUAGAGGUACGUAGCUUGCGUUGUCGGUAUCGUUCCGUGCAUUUUGCAUUACAUUUCUCCGUCUGUUCGGUUGGAUAUAAUUAGCGGAAAGGACACAUUGCGUUCGUUCGAAAUUUGAAUUCGGAGUACUUAUUGACUUUGGAGGGUUGGCCAGACUGAGACCCGUUUGCAUGUCCAUAAUUAUGGAUAAAAUAAUAAAAUACAAUUUUAACGUACGGGUCAAUGACCCGAAGCCAACUUCGCAUUCGAUUGCGGCUCUACGAAUUAUGUAAUUGCUGAAACGAUAUUUUAUAUUUGAUGCUUAGUUAGCUAAUCGUGUAAAUAUUGUUUUCGGUAGCCUACUGUUACCGCUUGGGUUUCGUGAACGGUUAUUUGUUCAUGUUUUAUUCAUUUGUACCGUAAUUUAUUAGAUUGACAUCAUAAUUUUAAUGGCACGGUUCAAUGUACACAAAAUUAUUGUAUUUUUUAAUGUAACAUUAUUUCGUGGUAUAUCGAUUCUUCGACGACAUUUUCGUUACGAACUAAACUGUGUCGUGAUUUAUCUUAACGCGGCUGCCGUAUGUUUUGUUUGUUCAUAAUGUUUUCUGACAUUUGUACGUAGCCAAUGUUUAUGCCAUAAGUAUACCAUUCUUUCAUUCUAAAUUUUAAUGAAUUUCUUCCAAUGUGAGGUACGAUAAAAAAUUUUGAUUUUUUGUGUGUGUUCUAUAAUAUGAUUGUGAUGUGAUAUCGGGUCGUCAAAAUUCUAAAGUAUUCUUAAAGGUUUUAGGAUGUUUGAAAAUGUUAUGUAUGAAGGAUAUAAAAUAUACAAAAAGAAAAAAAAAAGAAAUGAAAAAUCGUUAAGCGUCAUUCCAGAGAAAAGACAAUAUUGUCAGCAUUUAUAGAAUUAUUAUUUUUUGAUUUGUUACGAGCACUAUAUUUGUGUGUUGAAAACGUGCCGGCUUUCUGUGAAUUUGUUUCAUUAAUAAUACAUUAUUUCAUUAUUUCCUUCUAAAUUGCAAUAUUAAUUUGAAUGUUACGAUUUUAAUUAUAUAUAUUAAGGUGUUUUGAUGAUGUAAAGAGGUAAAUAAUUAACUAAGCGACACCGCUAAGCGCUUGGUGUGUCAUAUUAAACAAAUAUGCUUGAUAUGUGACAAUAUUUAGCAAUCUGGAGAAUAAUAUAUAACAUAGAUUAUAUUGUAAUGAAGACUACAGAAACAAUUAUGAUUGAUGUGUAUAAAAUAAAAUAUGUAUAAACUUAAAUUUGUAAAUUGUGUAGUAUAAAUAAUAAUAUGAAGAGAAGCUGUUUUAUGAAGUGUUCUUAUAUAGAGUACGGAGGGUAGUUCGUCUUUGAGUGAGGCGGCGGGAAGCUAAGACUUGUAUAAUCUGUAAUUGCAAAACGUCAUAUGACGUCACUCGUCUAACCGAAUGCAUGACGUAGACGAUCCAACACGAGUCCUCUUGAUUUAGAAAAAAAUAUUAUUACUGAUAUUUAAAUAAUACGAUAUAAAUUAAGUUGUAAAAAUUUCAGUUGAUUUUUGAGUUACUUUUAAUUGAGACAUCAGUGAUGGGAUCUAUGUUUGAAUUUUGAAAUGUUGAAGAAUUUGAUGAUCACAAUUAUUCGAAUCAUUAUUGAUUUUUCUUAUUGAUAUAGCUUUUUAUUAAUUUUAAUCGGAGUACAAACCUGUUUGGCUAAUAGUCCCGUCAAGUUGACCCGAAAUAUAGGGGUGACCUUGCACGCGUGGAAUCAGGAGCCUGUUCAGAAUUUCUUUUUAAUUUAAAGUUCUUUCGAAAAUUCACCUAUUUCGGAAUUCAUGAAGUGAUGAAUGUCUAUUUUGACCGGACUAAAUACUUUUAUUGAUUUGUAUGAACCAGUAAUCAGUCGAGUCUUCGUUUCCGGCCGUCGAUACCUGUGUGCUUAGUGCGAGUUUCUUAACGUUCUCGUUAGCGUAAAAGUUAAGCCAAUUUUGUAUGCAGUUGGAACAGCGCCCCUAGCGGCAAACGUACGCAAACGAUUCCAUUCCAUACAAAUAUAAGCUAACUUUUACGCUAUCGAGAACGUUAAAAAACUCGCACUAAGCCCAUUCAUUGAACUGUAUUAUCAUUUUAAGUUUCUCACAAUCACACGCGUGAUACGUGUGUAACUAGAAUUGUUAAUUCGUUUAAUUCGUACGGAGGGAUCGAAAAUAAUAUUUUUCCACUUGGUAGGAGCGUCCUAGUGUUAGAUGUGGCCGAUGAUUGUUGAUUAUUGAUUAAAAUUAGGGUGUUCGAACGUUAGGUGUUGGAACGAGGCGCGUCGGUCUGACGUCGGAGCUGUGUCGUGUCUGUUGUUGUUAACGGUUCGCUGUAACUUCAUAGAGAGAGAGAGAGAGAGAGAUAGCGAGAAAGUCGUUCGGUUUAUGGGUAUUUGUGAUCACAUUUGCAUAGUUAAUAUAUAUAUUAAAAAAAACUAUAUUAUUAUUAUUAAUUGAUGAAAACUUAGUCUUGUGUUAGUACUGUUGGUCAGUGCACUGUGUCGGUGCGGCCGAACGUUUCGAGCAGUCGUUUUGUUUUAUAAAACGCGUACCGGCUUUAUGAGUACCUCGCGACUUGUAUCAGGAUUUUGAUAAAUUCUGUUGACGGUCUCCUCGGAACGUGUCGUCCGCAGCGUGACGUCACGAGGCAUCCACACUCCGCCCCCAACCCUCCUCUCCCCCGCACCCCGUUGUCGACAGUCGUGCACGGGUACAGCCGUCGGCGCCCACGUUAUUGUAAUUCGUCAAUUGAUGUAAUGGCGUCUCCGUAAUUUCUAACACUUUAUUGUAGAGAAACAAAUUUGACUAUGAAAUAAAAGAAGUUAUUUAAUUUUGGA